CAAUCAAGAUCCCCCCUUUACGCAAUUGUGCUCCGCCCCCAUAAAAAAACGCCACCGCCCGCCGUCGGUUACUUGACCUGCCAUGGCCGGAGGAGCGAUCCCCGCGACGCCGCUGCUGAAAGAUGAGCUGGAUAUCGUGAUCCCCACGAUCAGGAAUCUCGAUUUCCUGGAGAUGUGGAGGCCCUUCUUCCAGCCCUACCAUCUGAUCAUCGUCCAGGACGGAGACCCUUCGAAGACCAUCAAAGUCCCGGAGGGAUUCGACUACGAGCUCUACAAUCGCAAUGACAUCAAUCGGAUCCUCGGACCCAAGGCGUCUUGCAUCUCCUUCAAGGACUCUGCUUGUAGGUGCUUUGGGUACAUGGUUUCCAAGAAGAAGUACAUCUUCACCAUCGAUGAUGAUUGCUUUGUUGCCAAAGAUCCGUCUGGCAAAGACAUCAAUGCUCUCGAGCAGCACAUCAAGAAUCUCUUAAGUCCCGCCACCCCACAGUUCUUCAACACUCUCUAUGAUCCAUAUAGAGAAGGUGCUGACUUUGUCCGUGGCUAUCCCUUUAGCCUUCGUGAGGGAGUUCCAACCGCUGUUUCUCAUGGGCUCUGGCUCAACAUCCCUGACUAUGAUGCCCCAACUCAGCUUGUUAAGCCGCGUGAGAGGAAUACCAGAUAUGUGGAUGCAGUUUUGACCAUUCCCAAGGGCACCUUGUUCCCCAUGUGUGGCAUGAAUUUGGCUUUUGACCGUGAGCUGAUUGGGCCCGCCAUGUACUUUGGGCUCAUGGGUGACGGGCAGCCAAUUGGACGCUACGACGACAUGUGGGCCGGUUGGUGUACCAAGGUUAUAUGUGACCAUUUGGGGCUUGGAAUCAAGACAGGUCUGCCAUACAUAUGGCACAGCAAAGCAAGCAACCCUUUUGUGAAUCUCAAAAAGGAGUACAAAGGCAUCUUCUGGCAAGAGGAGAUCAUCCCUUUCUUCCAAUCCAUUGCCCUUCCCAAGGACUGCACCACUGUCCAGAAUUGCUACAUUGAGCUCUCCAAACAAGUCAAUGAAAAGCUUGGCAAGGUUGAUCCUUACUUCAACAAGCUGGCUGAUGCCAUGGUCACUUGGAUUGAAGCUUGGGAUGAGCUCAACCCUACCGGCGAGGACUUUGCUAAGCUAUCCAUUUCCAAGGGUGCUUCAAAGUAGGUUUCCACUAAAGCAUAUAAAAAGUCCUAUUUUUUUCCCUUUGGUCUCUAGUCGCGGUUUAGUCGUCCGGGGCAGCGCGCUUUAGUAUGAUUCGAGUUAUUUAUUGGAUUUUUGUUUUUUGUUGUUGAGAAGUAUUUUUGAUGAACCAUUUCAUGAGAUAUGUUAUACUUUAUGUUUCCUGUCUGCUCAAAUUGCAUGCCAUUGUUACCAUGCACGGCGAACUUCACUAACAUAAGCCAUUUGAAAGUUUGGUUCUAGGAUUGCUUUGA